UACGGACUGACGUGCUGCGUUUAAACAGUGGAAACUCUCAUCUUAUCACCCGAAACCGUCCGCACAACUCGCGAACUACUAGAAAGUGAUUCAUUGGAAGUUUAAACGGUAACAAAAGAUGAAGUAUGUGUAACGUAAAGCCGGGAUAUAGCUGCGUGCCACCCCGACGAGGCUUUCUUGUUCACCGGUUUAUCCAGAAGUUGAAUUCCCAGUACCAUGGACACUGAGGGAUAUAAACAUGAUCCACACUAUACAGAGGCAGAGAGUCUUUGGCAUGUGAUGCAGAAAUCAGGAGAUCUGGAUCCAAGGAGCAGAGAUGGUGAGGGCUGGAAGCUGGUGGAUGUAUUUCUCUCAGGAGGAGCACCAUGGGGAUUUACACUCAGAGGGGGACUAGAGCAUCGAGAACCUCUACUCAUAACCAAGGUUGAGGAGGGCAGCAAGGCAGCAGCUGUGAGUCUCCAGGUUGGAGACGAGCUUGUCAACAUCAACGAGAUUCCCCUGAGUGGCUACAGGCAGGAGGCAAUCUGCCUAGUGAAAGGCUCCCACAAGACCCUCAGUCUGGUGGUGAAAAGGCGGAAUGAACCCAUAAGCAGGCCUCACUCCUGGCACUCCACCAAGUUCAACGAAAGCCAAUCAGAGACUGCCAAAACACAGUCUCCACCCACGCCAGUCUGGCACACCAGAUAUGAUGCAAGCUCAUCCUCAACUGAUCUCUCCUCUGGCUGGGAGCAGACAAACCUGCGCAGAGUGUCCGACCAGUUCAGCUCUCUCGGCAGUAUGGACAGUCUAGAACAUGUUUCACACCAAUAUCCUGCCGGUCAGCUGUCACCUGCCAAGUCCAACAACAGUAUGGAGCACCUUGGAGGAGGGAAACGAGACUCAGCCUACAGCUCCUUCUCCACCAGCUCUGGGACACCAGACUAUACCCUCUCUAAGAGCAACGCUGCCUCGACAGAGAACAUGAUUUAUAAAUUCAGUCAGUGGGAUGCAGGAGGAAAGCCCAACAAUGGCAGAAACAGCCAGAGCGUGGGCGAGGGAGUCAAACAGGAUGAAAGGGUUGCGUACUUUCAGAUCCCAGAAGUUAACACAGGCUGUGAGGGUCCACAGACUGAGGACUUUGCUGGCUCCCGCCAUUCCACUUCAAGUAGGACCAGCUUUGGACCUGUUUGGCAUGUCCCUGAAAAAAAGAAGACCACUUCCCCCUCUCCUCCCCCUCCCCCUCCACCUGCACGCAGUGACAGUUUUGCUGCAACUAAGGUACAUGAAAGGGGUCUCGUUGUGGCUCAUCCUGAAGUACCUGAAUCACGUGUCUCCAAUAAGGCUUCCACUGAAAAUCGCCGCAGCCACAACCUAUCCCCGAAAAAUGACAGUGACAGUUUUUACCCUUCAUCUGAUAAAUCGAAUCAUAAUCAGUUCAACUCAAACAAGCAGUACUCCUUGUCCAGCAGUGAUGUUCGGCAAGGCCAGCCCUACCAUCAAAGACACCAUAGUGACAAAAGCACUUUUUAUUCUCAGCCCUGGGCUACAUCCGUACCAAAGCCACAGAACGUAGGUGGCUACUAUUGUAGCAUGCAGGAACUGCCUACUAACGGAUCUGCGCAACACUUUGGUCAGAACCAGAGAAGGAAUUUAAGCACCUCCCAGUCUACCACAACCGCCGACCAAAACACUGACAGCAGUGGACAUAGUCGAUACUACUGUGUCACAACCUGUCAGCCCAUGCAGCCUAACCCCCAGCCCUUGUCAGGAAAGCCAGAGGACAGGAAGAGUGUCACAGGCGUAGAUCUAGCACAGACCCGAAAUGAGCAGAACUCUCUUAGCCCACAGAUAGUCACCAAGGUGAAGUAUAAUCUGCCCCAACAGCAGCAACACUCCUCGCACAUUAAAGAUAGUAAUGGGUACAGCAAACACCAAGAAACUCCUGUACCCAAAUCCAGCUCUGAUGAUCGGGGAAGCCAGAGAGGACAAAACACACACAAUGCAGAAGCUCAGUACAUGAGUUAUCCUUCUAGCAGACAGCCUGAACAGAGGCGGUCUCUGCCACUACAACAUAGAGAAUUACCCCAGGACAACAAGCAUCACAGCCAAGUCAGCAACAAGAUCAGCCCCCAGGCCACCCCAAUGCUUCACUCAUUAUCUAUGGAUGCUGCAGGCCAAGAGGCAAGAGGCUCACACUCUGAAGAGUCCCUUGAAAGCAAGCAGGCGAGACGCAGUGACCGUUUUGCCACCACGUUACGGAAUGAAAUCCAGAUGAGAAAAGCCAAGCUGCAGAAAAGUAAGAGUGCGGCUACCCUUCCUGGUACUGAGGGAGAGACUGAAGACGAUCAGGAUAUCUGGAAGUCCACUGAAAACACCACGCCCACCUCUGCAGAUGGCUCCUUCACCAACACCUACAAGGUUAAUCUGAAGGAAGCACAAGCACGAGUGCUUAAGGCUACAUCUUUCAGGAGAAAAGACCUGGAGCCGGUUUUACUUGAACACCCUGCAGCUGAGGCCUUACCAAACUACCCGUCCUCAGUACUGACCCGUAAAGAUGUUACCCCUCUGCCAACUGUCUCGGAGUCUGUAAUAAGUAAAUCAGGGCCUGCCGGUGGUCAAGUAACUCGCAUUGGUGGUCGAAAGCGUUUUCCUGUUGAAAAGAAGGUACGGUCUUUCUCUGAACCAGACAAAAUCCAUGAAGUUGGGAUGAAGGAAGAUCUCCCUCAGAAUGAAAAGGGAAGCUCCUCACUAGACCAAGAGACGCUGUUUAAGGAAAGUGGGAAACCAGCUUUCUCCAGUCACAUUCCUCCUGAGAGCUGUACCGAAAACCCCACGGAGACCAAGGCCAGAGCUUUUGCCACAACCAGUGAAACAGAGGACACAAAGAAAGGCAUCAGGAGCAGAGAACACCCUGAAGAGGUCCACGGAGGUCCUUACUCUGCACACAAGCUGUCCGUCCUAGGCCAAGAAAGACUGGGAACCUUCGCUGAGUAUGAGGCAAAGUGGAAUAUACAGAAAAAAACCCCGGAAACAAGAGUCACCGGACGGUACCGGUCAGCUGAUAACAUCCUGGAUCCAGGACCAGAGGAGAGAACUAAAACCACCUGUUUCCACGAGAGAUCCCGAUCAUCUCCUUCAGCUGACAUCUAUGGACAGAAGAUUCAAGUUCCUGCACGAAGGUCUGAGACAGGUUAUUCCCAGACGGAGUGUAAACCUGCUGAACCUCUCAACACUGCACCAGCGUUCUCUGACAGAGGGCCUGGUGACUGUAAAGUGAGAGAAAAGCCUCUGGAGUUUGAACAUUACUCAGUGCCACCCCCUCCGCCCAUGACAGGAACCAACCCUGACAGCAGACACAGAGCUGCCCCUGCCACCAUGAACCACAGACCCACAUCUGUCUCUCACAGUCUCAGAGAGUCUGCGCUCCCUCAGCCCGAGGACCACGGCCACACCGAGCCUCCGUCUGGGCCCAGGAGGAAGCCCCCUGCGCUGGAGAAGCCUCCCCCACCCAGAUGCCCAGAGGUCAACUCCCACGAGUCCUUCACUGCUUCCCAGAGCGAAAUCACCCACUGCUCUCCUAACACUGACCCUAACUCCGCCUUUGUCCCCACCCACUCUGCAAAGGAAUCUGAGCAGGGCAAAGGACUUGUGGACAAAGGACAAGGGGCAGUACAUCAUCUGUCAACAUCCAAUCCUCAGCCUGCCUCCUCUCCCCCAGCUUCCUCCCACAGAUCUUCAAGGCCGGCCACUAUGGAGGGGCAGCGCUCGCCAUCUCCACAGUUUUCCCCACAGAGACUCAGUGACAAGCCGCCCGUCUCUCUACAGGAUGAAGACUCAAACAGGAUGGAGCAUGUGUUAGAAAACCAAACCUCUGCAGUGAAGAAAGUGCCCAUCAGGAUUGUCCACUCAGAGGGAGACACGGAGAAGGAGAAUUGUCCAUUUUUGCAUCACAGCAACCCCCCUGCUGUUGAACCCGAGGGUCCUGGUCUAACCAGGCUCGGCAGUCUGGGAGCUGCAGGGCAGGACUCGGUCUUCUGUGCCUUUACUCGCCAGAGGGAGCCCGACAGCACGCCGGCCGCUCAGACAGACCCAAAGCCCCAGAGAGACGUGUACAUGAGUACUAUUAGAGAUCACCUAAUCUCCAACAGUCAGCAGCCACAACAGCCCACAGACGAGCCCGGCAGCAACAGGACGACAGUAACCACAGGACUGUCUGAGGAUCAGAAGAGAGAUGAGCUGGCCCGGGACAUCAUGGGGAAGGAUAAAUCGCUAGCUGAUAUUCUCGACCAGAGCAAGAUGAAGACCACCAUGGACUUGAUGGAGGGUAUCUUCCCUCAGGGGGAGCAGCUGUUGGGAGGAGCUCACCAGCGCAGGAAGGUGUCCCCGAAACAGACAGUCGCCCGGCCUGCUGAGGAAAGGGAAAAGGAGGACAGUAUGGCGGCGGCUGUCACCAUGGUGACCUCCUCUACAUAUUACAGCACAUCAGCUCCCAAAGCUGAACUCCUUAUUAAGAUGAAAGACAUGCAGGAGCAGGAGCAGGAGGAGGAGGACUCUGAAGACGAACUGGACAUUGACCUGGCCAACAAGAAGCAAGAGCUGAUCGACAGCCUUAGCAAGAAGCUUCAGGUGUUGCGAGAAGCCCGGGAGAGUCUUCAGGAGGACGUCCUCGACAACAACGCCCUGGGAGAUGAGGUGGAGGCUCGAGUCCAGCAGGUCUGCAAACCCAACGAGCUGGACAAGUUCAGGAUGUUUGUCGGGGACCUGGACAAGGUGGUGAGCCUGCUGCUGUCCCUGUCGGGCCGUCUGGCCAGAGUGGAGAACGCCCUCAACAAUCUGGAGGAGGAUGCUACUGCUGAGGAGAGGCGGACGUUGAUUGAGAAGAGGAAGCUGUUGAUUCGACAGCAUGAGGACGCAAAGGAGCUGAAGGAGAACCUGGACCGCCGGGAGCGCGUGGUUUACGAGAUCCUGGGCAACUACUUGCAGGAGGACAGCCUUACAGACUAUGAGCACUUUGUCAAGAUGAAGUCUGCGCUCAUCAUCGAGCAGCGCAAGCUUGAGGAUAAAAUCAAACUGGGCGAGGAGCAGCUCAAGUGUCUGAUGGACAGUCUGCCGAUAGAGCAGAGGCUGGCCUUCUGAGCGAGUUGGACGCUGAUGAAAUCAAGACAUGUUGCUCAAGUUGGGCCCUGUGUCCAGCAGAGGGAGACAGAGAUGAGGAAUCCACAGAGGCAUUCUGACAUUUUUCACUUCUGUGAAGCCUCAUCUGAGCUCGUCUUACUACUUCACAUCUUCUCACCUGGACUGCCAGCAUCCAUCAGUAACUCCUCUGUGAAAGAUGCUGCUUUUUCUGGCAACAACCAACCACUGUUUCUAAUGUCUUUCAUGCCAUUUUUGCUUGGUUUUUAUUUUGAUGGGUUUUUUUUAGUAAUUUAUUGUAGCCUUUUGAAUCUGCAUAGGAGGGGACAGUAUUUUAUCUUCAACUGAUUUCAGCAGCCAUGCUACCUGAUGUGUGUUACACACUGAGCGACGAGUAUUCAUCAUGUUUUAUGUUUAAGUUGUUUCACAAUCUGGAACCCUUUUCACAAAAUCCAUCAAAUCUGGCGCAAUAUUUGAAUAAACACAAAGCUUUUUGUUAACGUUUAUAUAUCAACUAGUGGCCUUUUACUAAAAUGUUUGUGCCCUCUUUUCCUCGCUGAAGAAACUUUUCCUCUGCAAUAAACGGAUGGUGGGAUGUUAGUGAAUGCACUUGUGCAGAGAAAGUGUGCAGAUACUGGUCAUUCUAAAGAGCACUUGUUCAGCUUCACUAAACAGGAGAACAGCAGCACUUCCACGUUUGAAGUGCCUGGGGAGUCGCCCACGUCACUGCCGACACUGUCUCGUCUUUUCAGCCACUUCUGCAUGUUGCAUCUGUCGGUGCUGUUUCACUCACAGCCAGAAAUAACUUGUUUAGAUUAUGAUAUUGCCACAUAUAAGUUGACCAAGUGUUUCUGUAUUUUGUCUUAUUACUUCACUGUGUUUUGUUAUCCACGGUGCAGAUGUUGAAUGCAUAGUUACCACAGUUGUUACUUGACUUCUAGUUAAAUUUCAUCACUAAAAAUUUUUAAAUUUCAUCAUUUUGCAACCAAAUAUGGACCUAAAUCAUUGCAAAGCAUUUUUUUUUAACUCCGGUCUCAAGUUUCAGACUGUAAAGAUUAAAUCACUCACCCAAAGGUGAACCCUGUUGGAGGAUGUUUGUUCUGCACAUUUGAGAAUAUUAGUUUCACAUGCUUCAUGCACUGCUGCAGCCUGACUCUUAACACUUUAUCAGCUGUGCUCCUUUAUAUCAAAUAAAGAGU